AUGGCGGCAGAAGAAGGCUCAAUCCAAGUCAUCGGCCUCCCCCGCUGCUGCACCGGCGCCGCCGCGCUCGACAAGGGCCGCGUCGCCGUCGGGAGCCUCGGAGCUGGUAUAUGCAGCGUCGACCUUAGUACUGGACACACGCUAUCAAGCUGGCGCGGCGACGACGCGCCGCAGAAUACCGUACUUUGUGCCCAUGACAAUUUAGUUACUGUGGCGCGCGCGGACGGGUUGGUAGCCGAUCUAACCUGCGACGAGGGAGCCAUCCAGGAACGCAAAAUUGACGACGAGAAGUUUUCGGCGUGCUACGGCAUCGCCACGGCUCCAAAAGGCGACGGCAUCAUCCUCGUCGCGCGGCGAAAGAAUGAUAAUGCGCCCGUCGAGGUAUUAUGGAGAAGCGCGGAGAACAAGUGGACCCACGUCGACGCCAGCGCUCCGAAAGGAUCCGACCUAUGUGCAGGACUAUCAUGUUUGGGAGACGUCAUCGUCGUGGGAGGGCGGCACAUGCUCCGCGCGUACGCCGUCGGCAAGAAGAAAAAGGGAGGCCUCGCGCACUCGCAAAGCGACCAGUCCAAGAACCCGCUGCAGUGUAUAGCUUGUGCGAAUCGAUUGUGUGCGACGGCGCACCGCGACGGCUUGAUCAAGGUCUGGCGCGGGUUGGAUGACGUGGAACGAGUUGGACAAGGACACGGCUUCCACACGUAUUCACAACACCACUGGCACGCGUCGGCCUGUUCUUCCGUUUGUUUGCUCCCGGAGACGAUGCUGUCCGGUGGUAGGGAGGCCACGUUGGUCGUGUGGCGUUUAGGCAGGGAGGACGGCGAGCGGCGGCGCGACUUCCUCCCUAGGUUAGGUGGGCCCGUCGCCAGGGUCGUCAGUGCGUCAUCAGCAGAAGAGGACCGGUGCCUCGUGAGUUGCGUGGACGGCGCGCUGCAUUUGUGUCGCGUGGGCGAAGGUAGGUUAGCGGUGCUGUGGACGUCGUCGUCGCUGCACUGCCCCCUUUCAACAGUACUAUUCCCCUCUGGAACAGGAGUCGCCUCGAACGGCUUGCCCGGCUCAUUACAAGUAUACGAUGGGAGUAGAGUAUCAGAUACCAUAAGUGUGGUACCGCACAAUAGGACGAAUGUCAAGGAGCGCGUCGGCGACGAUCCGAUCUUGUCGCCCGUCGUGACACUGUGUGCUUUCUCUAGAGAUGCACAACACUUGGUCACGUGCGACGAGUGGCGGCCGAAGGCGACGCCGUCCCCUGAACUCAAAUUUUGGAGUAGAAAACAAUCAGGGUGGACCUGCGCCGCUUUGGUACGACACCCGCACGGCCGCGGUGUUGGUGUGGACUGCGUGGCCUUCCACCCGUCCUUAGUCGUCGCGGCGUCGUCCGGUUCGGAAGGCAUCCGCACCUGGGGCAUGAGCCAGAAGGGCUGGGUGUGUUUAGGAAGGGCGUCUCAUGACUUGGCACCACCGCAACAACUCGCCUUUUCCGAAGACGUCCUCGCGGCGCACCACGCCGGUUGUGUCACGUUGUGGAACGCGUCCUCACUCAUAUUAUUGGAGACGCACGGCGCGUUUGAUGAAAAACGGACGCCUCUGGCUGUCGGUUUUGUCGACAAUGGUAACGCACUGGGCGCCGUGGACGCGAAGGGGUUGUAUGUCGCGGGCCUCUACUCCGAGGCCGCGUGGAGCAUCGACGAGAGGUGCACGGCGGGAGCUGUAGUAUCGGAUUGUAUUAUUGCGGCGACGCGGCACGCCGUGCAGGUGUUCAGAGCGGACGCCGACGCGUGUGUCUUCGCCUGGGCCGUCGAGGAGGUCACGCUCCUCGCGGCGCCCUCUCCACAAAACGUCUUCGUGCGCACGGCGGGGCGGUACCUCCACCUCUCGCAAGCAUCAGCGAUUGAGGAACCGGCGGCGCUGGGCGCCGCGCCGCGGGCGGCGCCCCUGGUCGUCGUCCGCGCGCCGUCUUCAGCAAAGCGGAAGCGGCCCUACGCGUUCGGCGACCUGCUGGCCGCGGACCCGCGGCUCGUUGAUUUAAUUGAGUUGGGGACGGCGGCGGACGUGUGCGACGCGGUGCUGGACGCGGGGCUUAAGUGA